GGAAAAAAGAAAAAAAGAAGAAGAAAUGGGUAGAGACUCCGGUUCAGUGUUUUGGAUCUUGCUCUUUCAUGGAAGCUAGAAGAUGAUGGUAUACUCUGUGUUUAUAGAAUAGUCCCACUCACUCCUCAAUCGUUCUCUCUUCUGAUCUCUCCUUCGGAGUGAGUAAUCAUAAUCAUGGCGACAUCCGAUAAGCAGAACACGUUGGAUUACAUCAACCAGAUGUUUCCCACUGAAGCAUCUCUAUCUGGCGUUGAGCCCCUUAUGCAGAAGAUACAUAGUGAAAUUCGUCGUGUUGAUGCUGAAAUACUGACUGCUGUUCGGCAACAGAGUAAUUCUGGAACCAAAGCCAGAGAAGAUCUUGCUGCAGCUACGAGUGCUGUGCAGGAACUCAUGAAUAAGAUUCGAGAAAUUAAAACCAAAGCAGAGCAAAGUGAAACAAUGGUUCAAGAAAUAUGUCGCGAUAUUAAAAAAUUGGAUUUUGCAAAGAAGCACAUAACAACCACAAUUACUGCCCUUCACCGCCUUACCAUGCUAGUUUCUGCGGUAGAGCAACUUCAAGUAAUGGCAUCAAAACGUCACUAUAAAGAGGCAGCUGCACAGCUUGAGGUAUUUAUACUUGUAAUUAGAAAAAAAAUAAUGACAAAAGAUACAGAGUUUUAUUCUGAUAUUUUUCAAGAAAUGAAUAAAGUGAAAGUUCCAGUUUGGAUUUUUUGCAUGUCUUUUUUCCUUCUUGUUUCCAUGGUCUUUUAACUUCCUUUCGUCGCUUACAGCUUAGGCACAGGGAAGGAGACAGAAGAAAGCAAUCUACUACAGCAGUUAUCAGAUUCAUGCUUAGUUGUUGAUGCUCUCGAACCUUCUGUUAGAGAAGAAUUGGUGAAAAUUUUUUGUAAUAGAGAGCUUACCUCGUACCAGCAGAUUUUUGAAGGAGCAGAACUAGCUAAGUUGGACAAGACUGAAAGAAGAUAUGCUUGGAUCAAGCGUCGUCUAAGAACAAAUGAGGAGAUUUGGAAAAUUUUCCCUCGUUCAUGGCAUGUGGAUUAUUUGCUUUGUAUCCAGUUCUGCAAGUUGACAAGGUCUCAACUUGUGGAAAUCCUUGUUAGUAUGAAAGAAAAGCCAGAUGUUGCGACCUUGUUGAUGGCUCUGCAGCGUACUUUGGAAUUUGAAGAGGAGUUAGCAGAGAAAUUUGGUGGUGGAACCCGCAGUAAAGAUGCUGUAGAUGACAAUGAAGAAACAGAAAGGAGCGGAAAAAAGAGCCAGACAGUUUCAGACAUUCGGAAAAAAUAUGAGAAAAAGCUUGCUGCUCAUGAUGGUAGUCAACAUGACGAACAAGAUGGACAAAAAGAUUCAUCAGUGCCGGGAGCUGGGUUCAAUUUCCGAGGGAUCAUUUCAUCGUGCUUUGAACCUCACUUGUCAGUUUAUGUAGAGCUAGAAGAGAAGACUCUUAUGGACAGUUUGGAGAAAGAAAUGCCGGAAGAGACGUGGGAAAUUGAGGAGGGAAGUCAGACUAAUAUUUUAUCUAGCAGCAUUAAGGUCUUUGUAAUCAUCAGGAGGAGCUUGAAGCGAUGCAGUGCUUUGACGAAAAACCAGACAUUGUUUAAUCUCUUUAAGGCAUUUCAAAAAGUUCUUAAAGCUUAUGCUACCAAGCUUUUCUCUAGAUUGCCAAAGGGUGGUUCAGGAAUUGUUGCAGCUGCCACGGGUAUUGAAGGACAGAUAAAGACAUCGGACAAGGAUGAAAGGGUGAUCUGCUACAUAGUAAAUACUGCAGAGUAUUGUCACAAAACGUGUGGUGAAUUAGCAGAUAAUGUCUCAAAGAUGAUUGAUGCUCAAUUUGCAGAUAGAGUGGAUAUGUCUGAAGUACAGGAUGAAUUUUCAGCAGUUAUUACAAAAUCAUUGAUUACACUAGUGCACGGAAUAGAAACAAAGUUUGACUCUGAGAUGGCUGCAAUGACUCGUGUUCCGUGGAGUACUCUUGAAAGUGUUGGUGAUCAGUCAGAGUACGUCAAUGGCAUAAAUUCGAUCCUUACCAGUAGCAUUCCUGUGCUCGGAAGCCUUCUCUCUCCGAUUUACUUCCAAUUCUUUCUGGAUAAGCUUGCGUCGUCUCUCGGUCCACGGUUCUUUCACAAUAUAUUCAAAUGCAAACAGAUUUCAGAGACUGGAGCACAGCAAAUGCUUUUGGAUACGCAAGCAGUAAAGACUAUUUUGCUGGAAAUUCCUUCACUUGGAAAACAAACAGCGGGAGCUGCUAGCUAUUCUAAAUUUGUCAGUCGUGAGAUGAGCAAAGCAGAAGCAUUAUUGAAGGUCAUACUAUCUCCAAUAGAUUCUGUGGCAGACACAUACUGUGCACUGCUGCCAGAGGGAACACUUGCAGAAUUUCAGCGGCUUUUGGAGCUUAAGGGCCUGAAAAAAGCUGAUCAGCAGAGCAUACUGGAUGACUUCAACAAACGUGGGUCAGGUAUCUCUCAGCCGACCAUUAUGGCCCCUUCAGUUGUACCAUCUGCUCCAAACACCUCAAUAGCACCGGCCAUAACUAACGCAGCAUCAUCACCUGGGGCCAUCACUUCAAGAGAAGAUGUGCUGACCAGAGCAGCUGCACUUGGAAGAGGUGCAGCUACUACUGGCUUUAAGAGAUUCCUCGCUUUAACAGAAGCUGCAAAAGAUCGCAAGGAUGGGCCAUUCAGGAAGCUAUUCAAUGGAUAAGUACCAAUUUCUGAGCUCGUCAUUCUUGGCAGGUCUUUUCCUUUGUUAGCUCCUUCUUUGUAUCUUUCCCCAUUAAUGUAAUAUCAACUGUUGUUCAUUGAUUUUUUUCCCAGGAAUAGCAAAAGCUAUUGUACAUUUUUGCGGUGUAGAUUGUAAAUUAGAGUUUUAUCAAAAUUAUGAAAAUGAUUUCAGAGCUGUUUCCA